CACACAUACAUAUAGCAACUGUGCGCCGAAAUAUUUCGCGCGGAACAAACAUUUUGCGUUCAAGGUGAAACGUCUUCAAGCACCAAGAGGCAGUACACUUGAUUGGACUUUUAAAAUCAGCGUUUAGUCCACGUGUUUGCAAGCUGCAGGGAUAGACCAGCGAAGAAGAAACGCCGGAAGUUAGCAACACGCGGGUUUUGUGUGAGGACAAAAUGUGUAAAGUUCAAAUGCUGAGAGCGUUAAUGGAGCAGCGACUAAAUGCUGCCGUUGAAGAAAUAUUUGGACUGUUUGAAAGAACCAUAGCAGAGUACGAGGAGGAACUUUCGAGGACAAAAAAGGAGAAAGAUCGACAACAACAACUGCUGGACGCUCUUCUCAAAAAUCAAGUUUUGCUUCCCAACCCAGACAUCCAGCAGGUGUCAGUGGACAGUCAAGAGGUUCCCUCUGAACAGCAGGAGUCAGAGCUGCCCCACAUUAAAGAGGAAGAGGAAGAGGAGGAACAGUCAAGUGAGGCAAACGAAGGGGCGAAGCCUCUAACUCAACACAUGACAGCAGAAGCUGAUGGAGGUCAUUGCGGAGAUAUCCAGUCAGAACCAGACAGCAUCUUUGCUCCACUGUCAGACAUGGGCGACAUGAUCUCAGACUCUUCUGAAACCGAUGACAGUGACGACACCCACCAGCCUUUGGAGAGUAACAAGGACUCGAAAGGUGGUAUGAGACUUCACACUAACAAGAGGGGAAGUCUGUAUAGACGCGUGAGAAUGCUCGCUGGAGAGAAACCUUUUGCUUGCUCAGUUUGUGCUAAAACCUUCUAUUCAAAGGAUCACCUGAAAAGACACAUGAUGAUUCACGCAGGGGUGAACCAAUUUUCCUGUUCAGUUUGUGGUAAACGAUUCAGAGAUCAAAAACCCAUGAUAUUACACAUGAGAACACACACCGGAGAGAAACCUUACGCUUGCUUUAUUUGUGCGAGAAGGUUCUCUUCAAACGAUUACUUGAAAAGACACAUGAUGAUACACACAGGGGGUAAUUCCUUUCCUUGUUCAAUUUGUGCUAAAAGAUUCAGACAUAAAUAUGAUAUGAUAUCACACAUGAGAGUACACACUGAUGAGAAACCUUUUACUUGCUCCGUUUGCAGGAAGAGUUUUUCCAGCGAGUACUGUAUGACCACACACAUGAGAACACACACGGAGGGGAAGCAGUUUACCUGCUCGCUUUGCCCUAAAAGAUUCACUAGUAAACAUUAUGUCAUGAUACACAUGAGAACGCACACUGGGGAGAAACCGUUCAGUUGCAACGUGUGCAAUAAAAGGUUCACUUAUAAGUAUCAGGUCAGCAAGCACAAGUGUGCAACAGUCAUGGAAGCUGCAGGGACUUAAAUACACUCAAACUGAUGGUGCUAAAUGUACAUUCAAAACACAGCUUGUUUAAAAAUAUUUUAGACUUCAUGUGGUGCUGUUAUGUGGUUUUAGCCUCGAAUUACUUGCAAACUUGUGUGCAAAAUGAAGCCACUCUUGUAUUAUUUGUAAAUGACUGCGCCCACCAUUAAUACAGUCACGUUAAUGGAGGAAAUCACAUUGGAUUGUCAU